AUGGUGUUGCCUCCCCCAGACAAGCGCCACGUGUGUCUCACCACCAUCGUCAUCAUGACCAGCAUGGCCUUCAUGGACGCCUACCUGGUGGAGCAGAACCAGGGGCCGCGCAAGAUCGGCGUCUGCAUCAUCGUGAUGGUGGGCGACUUCUGCUUCCUCAUCGUGCUGCGCUACGUGGCGGUGUGGGUGGGCGCCGAGGUGCGGACGGCGCGACGCGGCUACGCCAUGAUCCUCUGGUUCCUCUACAUCUUCGUGCUGGAGAUCAAGCUCUACUUUGUGUUCCAGAACUGCAAGGCCGACCGCAAGAGCCUGGAGGUGGUGGCGCGCAAGACGCUGACGCUGUUGCUGUCCAUCUGCGUGCCGGGGCUCUACCUGAUCCUGGUGGCGCUCGACAGCAUGGAGUACGUGCGCACCUUCCGCAGGAAGGAGGACAUGCGCGGCCGGCUGUUCUGGGUGGCCCUGGACCUGCUGGACCUGCUGGACAUCCAGGCCAACCUAUGGGAGCCCCAGCGGACGGGUCUGCCGAUAUGGGCGGAGGGCCUGAUGUUCUUCUACUGCUACAUCCUGCUGCUGAUACUGCCCUGCGUGUCCCUGAGCGAGAUCAGCGUGCAGGGCGAGCAGGUCUCUCCGCAGAAGAUGAUGCUCUACCCGGUGCUCAGCCUGGUCACCAUCAACGUCGUCACCAUCCUGAUCCGCGGCGUCAACAUGGUGCUGUUCCAGGACAGCCGCGUCUCCACCAUCUUCGUGGGCAAGAACGUGGUGGCCAUCGCCACCAAGGCUUGCACCUUCCUGGAGUACCGGCGGCAGGUGAAAGAGCUGCCCCCUCAGGGCGCUGCGGGUAUAGCGCUCGAGCUGCAGCAGAAUUCGGUGCCUCACGGCCAGGCUCUGCCCAACGCCACCAGCCUGCCCGUGCACGAACCCACGCCGGCCCAGGAGAUCAUCGACACAUGA